GCGGCCUUACCAGCAGUAGCGAAAAAUAGUCCGUUAACGAGCGAGUGAGGCACCGAGAGCGAGCAAAAUAGAGCGAGAGAGGCCGAGAAAGGGAACUACGAGCAACGCUAGCUUAACUGGCUAAUUCCACGAGUGAAAUAAACUGCGCUCUAGCCUCGCCGCAACCGCUAGCAUGGCCGACAACGACAAACUGGACAACCAGCGACUGAAGAAUUUCAAGAACAAGGGUCGGGAUUUAGAGUCCAUGAGAAGACAGAGGACGGAGGUGGUGGUGGAGCUGCGAAAGAACAAGAGAGAUGAGCACCUCCUGAAGAGAAGAAACGUGCCCCAUGAGGACAUUUGCGAGGAUUCCGACGUGGACGGAGAUUUCAGAUCGCAAAACGCCUCCCUCGACGAAAUAGUGCAAAAUGCCACCAGUGAUAACCAAGGCAUCCAGCUGAGUGCUGUUCAGGCCGCCAGGAAAUUGUUGUCCAGCGACCGCAACCCGCCUAUCGACGACCUGAUAGGCUCCGGGAUUCUUCCUAUUCUGGUCCACUGCCUGGACCGAGAUGACAACCCUUCUCUGCAGUUUGAGGCCGCCUGGGCUCUGACCAACAUAGCGUCUGGCACUUCCGAGCAGACCCAAGCCGUGGUGGAGUCCAGCGCCGUGCCGCGCUUCCUGAGGCUGCUUCAAUCGCCUCACCAAAAUGUGUGCGAACAGGCCGUCUGGGCUUUGGGCAACAUUAUCGGCGACGGCCCGCAAUGCCGAGACUACGUGAUCGGCUUGGGCGUCGUCAAGCCGCUGCUGUCUUUCAUCAGUCCUUCCAUCCCAAUCACCUUCCUUCGCAAUGUCACCUGGGUUAUGGUCAAUCUGUGCCGCCAUAAAGACCCUCCGCCGCCCAUGGAGACCAUUCAAGAGAUCCUGCCAGCUCUGCGUGUGCUGAUCCACCACACUGAUGUCAACAUUUUGGUGGACACGGUGUGGGCCCUGUCCUAUCUGACGGAUGCUGGGAACGAGCAGAUCCAAAUGGUGAUUGAUUCUGGCAUCGUCCCUCACCUGGUCCCACUGCUCAGCCACCAGGAGGUCAAAGUUCAGACCGCUGCCCUGAGGGCUGUGGGCAACAUCGUGACUGGAACAGAUGAGCAGACACAGGUGGUGCUCAACUGUGACGCUCUCAACCACUUCCCAGCCCUCCUGUCACACCCAAAGGAGAAAAUCAACAAGGAGGCGGUGUGGUUCCUGUCAAACGUCACAGCAGGGAAUCAGCAGCAGGUGCAGGCGGUCAUAGAUGCCAAGCUGGUCCCCAUGAUUAUCCACCUUCUCGACAAGGGAGACUUUGGAACCCAGAAGGAAGCAGCCUGGGCCAUCAGCAACCUUACAAUAAGUGGGAGGAAAGAUCAGGUGGCGCACUUGAUCGAGAAGCAGGUCAUCCCUCCAUUCUGUAACCUGCUCACGGUAAAGGACGCCCAAGUGGUGCAGGUUGUCCUGGAUGGGCUCAGCAAUAUCCUGAAGAUGGCUGACGACAAGGCUGAAACCAUCGCGAAUCUCAUCGAAGAGUGUGGAGGUCUGGAGAAAGUGGAGCAGCUGCAGAAUCAUGAAAAUGGUGAUAUCUACAAGCUUGCUUAUCAAAUUAUUGAUCAGUUCUUCUCCUCUGAUGAUAUUGACGAAGAUAACAGCCUGGUCCCCGAAGCCAUCCAGGGCGGAACUUACGGCUUCAACUCCGCCAACGUGCCAGCCGAGGGAUUCCAGUUCUAAACGGCGUCCGGGGUAUUCUGGAGUUUUAUUCACGAUGCAGCACUCUGUUCAACAUAAACAAAAUUAGGCAAGAGAGAGCGAGAGAGAGAGAGAGCGAGAGUGUGAGAAAUUUGAUCCAUUGUGCUUGGCUCGUGGGAUCCAUGGCUGCAUCUUAUCUGAGAGAAAAAUGUGUGGAUUUCAUUUGGCGUUCCUGGGGGAAAGCAGCCCAAAUGAAGUUUGAGUUGGCGAGUGGGUGCGAGUGAGAAUGAGUGGCUACAUGUUGCAAAAAAAAAAAAAAAAAAAACCCACAAAAAAAAAAAAUCAGUAUGACAAAAGAAAACAAAACCACCUACAUCAAAACAUGUCGAGAGACAUGGCAACGCGACAACUUCCGUAACAGAAGCGACGACUUCAACUCGAUGUCCGCCCAAGGAGACACAACAACAAACUCUUAAAUCACAAUCCUCGAGGGCGCCACCUUCCCCCAAUCGGCCACACUAUCAGACGUGUGUGUGAAUGGAGCCAUUGCGUAUGAAUGUCUGGACUCAGCGCUGAGGAGCCAGGUUCAUCUCCCAACAGGACGUCCCGACGGGACACCCUCCUCUUCCCCUCCGGGGCGGCGGGGCCAGGAGUCUGGCUGCGUGACACGUGUGCGAGCGAGCGAGAGAAUGGGCGGAUGGGUUGUGUGUGCGUGACUGGGAGUGUGCGAGGACGCAUGCAGGAGACGGCAGAGAUACAAAUGCAACAUCUUGAGCGAGGAAACGCAGCGAAGUUUAGAAAAGAAGAAAGAAAUUCGGCCUUUGAGGCUGAUCCUCAAAUCCCUGAAACAAAGAACUUUGGAUACCGGAAGAGAAAAAAAAACCCAUCAGUGCAACGAAUAUUUUUUGUUUUCACUUAUUUUUAAGUUGCUAUCAAUGGACACUGGACAUUGCGAAUGGCAGAUGCACAGAAGGGGUGCAUUCUAUUAUGAAGAUGCAUUGGGUGGCUUUGGGGCUUUUCUUUUUUGCCUCUGGCAUGUUCCUUUUAAUGCUUUUUUUGUUUUGUUUCCCCACCUCCCUCAGCUUUUAUUUUCAUGGCUUCUGUUAAGGCGAUUUCAUCACAAGCCUACCACGUUACAGGCUUGACGCUGUGAAUUGUUGUUCCCCCUAAAAUGAUUGGUUCCGUUUGAAUUGAAGUCCAGCAAAACCACUGCUUUGCAGUUUAGUUGCCAUAGAAUUGACUUACCGUGAAAGGGAGAAGUGAACAUAGGCCAUUUUCACAUAGGAUUGUGAAUCUCAUAACCCUUGCAUGUACUCAAUGAUGACACAGUUCCUUUCUUUAGGGUCUUAUAGGUUCCUUAGGCUGUGGAUACAGUGUAAUCUUUAUUUUAAGUAAACUGUGCUUAAAUGUUACACAUUUACCCUUCCCUUACUCCCCCCUUUUAAUGUCUCACUUGCUAAAUAAUCUGUAUGGUUUUGCACAUGUACUGCAAAGUGACGCCUCAAGAUUGAUUGGUCUGGCCUCAACAAUAUGCAUCAUUUUGACCACAAUCUUUGUCUUUCAAGAGUCAUCCCAGGAACUUUUUUUUUUUUCAAGUGACAGUUGAGGGGAGAUAAAGAAUUUAUUUCAGGAGAACUAUCUCAGACUAUGAGGGAGUCCGACCUCAUGCUUUUUUUUUUCCGUAAGGUCCAAAGGGUGUCCAACUGUCCCUUAGUGGAACCUUUGAAUAAAUAAAACAUGAACAAAUUUGCAGUAACUUUAGUACAUUUGGGAGUUAUUUAGCCCUGUGAUCAUGUGUCCUUCACAAACUUAAGUACUACAGGUUUGUGUUUAACUCAAGACACUGUUAAAAAAAAA